CCAACUCAAGAGGAGUUCCUCCGAAAACAAGGGCGGUUCGCGUUGUGGAUAGUGACGUGGUAAUGAGCAUGGUCUCUGAAAAAACUUUUUUCAAAGACUGAGUGCUGUGGUUCGGUGAAAAUGACUUAAAGGAUUAUGUACACUGUGGGUGCCUGUUUAUGUGAGAAGUGGUGAAGUUAACAGGCAGGAUGUGGUCAUUAGCGCCACUGGUGAUUCGGCUGGCGGCCGUGUCACUGGUGGCGCUGGUCCUCGCUGACCCAGGCCCUGACAGUGUCACAUCAGUCAUAGCUGACCCACCAAAGCGCACCGGCCCAAUACCACGUAGCACGAUCCCUCCGCAGAAGAAGAGGCAACGUCAACGCAACCGCCGUCGCACUACCACCACGUCGACCACAACGACCACGGAAAUGUACGAUGACGACGAUGAUACCACGACUCCUACCACCACUACAGUCGACCCAAGGACUUACGAUCACACGGAGGUGGGCAGCUGUGAAGUACCGUUGGGGAUGGAAAAUGGCAUGAUCUCAAACGAAUCUCUCACAGCCAGUUCCAGCUACGACCAGAGCGUGUCACCGCUUAGUUCAAGGAUAAGGACUGAAAUACGCGGCGGAGCUUGGUGCCCCAACGGACUGGUCACGCCUCGGAGCCGCCAAUUCCUGGAAAUAGAUUUGCACGACGAAUAUCUUAUCACCGCGACGGAGUCUCAAGGCAGGUUCGCCAACUCGAUUGGAGUGGAGUUUGCUGAGAGUUACGCCUUGGAGUAUUGGCGUGAUACACUCAAUCGAUGGGUCAAAUAUAAAGACUUCAACGGCAGUCGCCUUAUACCAGGGAACGUGAAUACAUACACUGCACGCAAAACAACUUUGGAAGCUCCAUUCAUCGCUUCGAAAGUGCGAUUUUUCCCUCACGCUUCUCACCCUAGGACAACGUGCUUGAGAGUCGAAGUCUACGGCUGCCGCUGGAAACAGGCUCUUAUUGCGUACUCGGCACCGCAAGGUGGAGACAUGCAGGAAAUGACGGGCGGUGCACGUUUCGAAGACCUAUCCUACGAUGGAAUCAUGCGCAAAGGGAAAAUGAUAGACGGCCUUGGCCAAAUGACCGAUUCAUUCAUCGGCCCCAAUGACUUCGAGUUACCGGAUCCUUUAGAUACUAGAGGAACUCGCUGGGUGGGAUGGAAUAAAUCAAUGUUGUUAGAGGACGAAGUUGAAAUAACAUUCAACUUUAGCGAUGGUAGAGUGUUCCAUCACAUGGAUAUUCAUACUAACAACAUGUUCACGAAAGAUGUUCAGCUCUUCAAGGAAGCGGAGGUAUACUUCUCCCUUGAAGGUGAACGCUGGCAAGAGGACUAUCUAUCUUACGAACCUAAGCAAGACAAGGUGUCAGAACAUGCACGUAAUGUCCAUGUCAACUUGGAGAAUCGUACAGCAAAGCACAUCAUGUUGAAAUUAAAAUUUCAACACGAAUGGAUUCUUAUCAGCGAAAUCACUUUCGCGUCAGUUCCAACGGUAUUGAACACCUCGGCAGAGUUUUUGGACGAGUACUACCAAUCCGGACACCCGAAUUCCAGGAAGAAACGGAACUCCUCCCUCAGAGUGUCAGUAGGGCUUGCCUGCGGCGCUGUGGUGGGAGGAGGGGCAUUCAUUGCGGCUAUAGCUGUACUGGUUUCUAAACGUACUCGGCGCAGAAUUCCGAAUAUGUUGAAGAAACCAUUUUGCCCCUCACGAAGAAACUCCAACGCUAGGAAUAAUCGAAGUGCACCGCGACUCGCUUUGGCUCUGGCUAACUGCCCACCGAUACAUAUGAUGCGCAGCCCUGCUGUUGUCGAUGAAGACUACCGCGAACCUUACAACAUCUGGCGCGAGACACUCGGACGGCGUGACAAACGGGACCUCUGUGAUCAGAACGAAUACAACGAGAUAUCCGACGACCCAGAGUUUCCGCGGCCAUACUUGAUGAAACGACCGGAUCCACACGAAAACUUCUACGCUGCCACCGAUAUCAUACAUCACCUCCAGAUCUGCGAAACGGAUGGUAUCGAGGAGCUGAGCGACGAGGAGUUGCCAACUGGCCACCGCCGCCGCCUUGUUGUCGUCAAGACUUUAUGGCGAGGCUGCCCUAGCAAUAUCAAAGCCGCGUUUGCCCGCGAAGCUACCUGGGGUGCAGGGUUGAAACACCCGCAGCUUGCUCGAGUUCUUGGUUUGAGCCUCCUAGAGCCCCCGUGCGCAGCGCUCGAUCGCGGAGAUGCUAUUCAUCUUCCGACGAUUCUGAAGAUGGAGCGGAAAUUGAAUUAUUCGAGUUUGAUUCACAUCGGCUGCCAAAUAGCGAGCGGCAUGAAGUAUCUGGAAAAAUUCGAGUUAGUUCAUCGAGAUCUGGCUGCCCGAAACAUCACGGUCACAGAGAAUCUUCACAUUAAAGUGGCCGACUACGCUAUGUUCUGUCAAGAGUUUGUCGGUGACUACCACAUCCUGGCCGACGGAUCUCGAAUACCCAUACGAUGGAUGGCCUGGGAGAGCCUGCUAAUGAGCGUAUUUUCACCAGCUAGUGAUGUGUGGUCAUUCGGUGUCACCAUUUGGGAAGUACUCACAUACUGCUCGGCCAAACCCUUUGAAGAAAUGAACGAUACACAGGUGGUAGCGAAUGCAAGCGAAUGGCGUUCCGGAGGCCGUGGGGCCCGCGUGCCAGCCGCACCGCCGCCGCGGUGCCGCCGAGAACUGUACGAUCUCAUGCACGAGUGCUGGCGCCGAGACCCCGUACAGAGACCUCGCUUCCACGACCUCCACCGAUUCCUGGACCGUAUGACCUUAGGCUAUAAACCACCGAUACGCCGCUAAGCGAUACGCAUAACAACUGGGUUAUGAAUUUGUACAAUUUUCCGGACUAUGACAUAAAGGCCUAUAUUUAUUAUUGCUCAUCAGCAGUAAUGGUCUUGCGUGCAUGGCAGAUGUGAAUUCAGCAUAUGCCAACACAGUAAAGAAUUGACAAGUUUUGAUAAAAUCAAGACAUUUUUUGGAAGAUCUACAUUCUUCAUUAUAUACUCGGUUAUUACAAAACGAACUUAGCGUCGUACGAGCUUUUAACAAUUCUCUGUCAUAAGGUGUUAGAUAUAGAAAGUAGUUCUAAGUCACUUAAAUGCUUUCGUUCGCCACUACCCGGACACUAUCAGACUGCAUUUAUAUUGAUAAAUGUGUUAGGAUAUUCAAACAGUAUUAAUUUCAGUAUUAAAUAAAUAGGUAAGGCACAUUAAUGAUAAAUUUAUACUUAUUUCCAGGCAUCUGCCGCUUCAAUUUCCUUUUACUUGCUGAACUGUGUCUUUUCUAGAUAUACAAUUAUAAUAUAUUUUUAACGUGAGCAAGUAGAUGCUCAUUCUUCUUUUCCAUCGCUAUUUUAUAAAAUAUCGACAAAUCCAUAAUUUUAAGUGGAGUGUCAAUAUUUUGCGACAUGAUGUGGUAUCGUAAUAUAUUAUUUAAAUAUUAUUAGAUAUAAAUUGUAUACAUGUCUAUGUUUUCAAUGUUUCGAUAGUUAAUAUUGAUGAUGUGUUUAUAUUUAAGCGAAUGAGAUUGCCACAUCAUGUGUUGAUAUUUAUGAAACUGACAAUAUUUGUUGUUUAUAUUUUUACUCAAUGCUUCAUAUUGUCAGGGGCAUCAAAAUCUUGUCCUUAACCACGCUAUCCCCAGCGCCCUUCGCCUAGCGCUCCCACGAUCUUCCACUACCACCGCCUCUAUGGCAACCCUUUUUACUAGGAACACUACUGUAAUGCACGAUAACUGUCCCCACACUCUGUGUUAGGUAAACACCGUACAUUUCAAUAGUGUACAGCCUAGUUUGUGUGUCGGUUGUGUGCUAAAUUUAUACCUACAUCUCAUUAUGUUAUGCGAAUUUAGAUACCGCAUAAAAAGCACUUAGUAAAACAAAAUAAAUUUAAUACACAAUCCACAUAUACUCUAUAGUAUCUAUAUCCAAAUCUACUCCUAUUUUUUUAACCUGUUUUAAAUGUUAAGGUUUGUAUACUUCGAGGUUCGAGCCUCUAGGGCAAAAUUUGCCCCCUGUGCUUCUUGUUUUCUUCGAUCAAGCAACUGAAACUGAUUUCACGAACCACCAUGAUUCGUAAAACUGGUACUGGUGAAAAUAAUACCCAGCUGUGUUUAUGGAAACCGAAUUGCAUAUGUACUCUAGACUCCGGUCUUAUAAAUGUUAUAGUUUUAAGGAUACACUAUAUAAUCGAUCAAUGGAUUAAUGUCUAUAAUAGUAGCCAAAUUAUUUCUCUUAGCCCCGAUUCAUCGAGAUUUCUUGAAGACAAAGUAUUGAAGGGAUGUUAUGAACAUAGAAUACGGAUAACUUGAUCCGUUCAAAGGAUGUUUGAUUAUAUUGUCCGAUGAAACGGGGUGACGACUGUUAUAAUAAACAGUUAGGUAGUUUGUUUAUGUCUACAAUGUGUCCAAUCGAUGUUCCCCGAGCUUGCGGCAUAACGAGGUGUGUAUACAGUUUUAUUAUCAGUAAGAAUCAUGUAUGGCAGAGGUAGCCUACUAGUGUUAAUGUCGUAACAGUCAAUCAGUUAUGCUCAUUAUACUUCAGAGAAUAACUAAAUUACUAUUAAACCUGUACAUGAUCCUUGGCACUCAGGAUAUACAUUUUUGUAAUGCUUUAUAUGUUUGUAUUUCUAAUAUGUGUAUAUGUUUUAAUUUUUUUUGACGACCGUAAACGCUACGUGAUAUUCUCAUAAAGCAAUAAAUAGUUUAAGUCAAGUAGUGUGUAAAUAAAUAUGUGUUUGUAAUGUAAUAAUUAAUACAGUAAUACAUAUCCCAUACGUCGGUUGCAGACUUUCGCUUAUAUAUUUUUUAACUUCGGUGCUAAUCCGGUUGUCCAUUGAACUUGAUCUCAUGAUGAUAUGAAAAUUAAUCAUUAAACACAAUAGCAAAAUUUGAUUUGUUAAAAAUUUUACAAUUGAAACACAAACAUAUCUACCAAGUUAAAUUUUACGAUUCUAUAUUCGAAUUCCAAUUUUUUUGGAUAAACAGACUAGCACCAUUGUUUUAAUUUUUUCCGAUAAAUUUGACAUUUAAAUUUCUUUGUUAUUGAGAGCUAAAGAGAAUAUUGCGUAUUAUUUUAGAGCUUCCGCAGACAAAUAAUAAUUAUGAUUAUGAAAUUAUCGUAUUACUAAAUUGCUUGCUAAUUCCAGAAGUCCAAAAAAAACCUCAGUAGCUCAACGGCAAAGCGGUCGAAGUCAUCACCAAGGGGUGGUAGUUCGAUCUACCCGUUGAACUAUUGUCGUACCCACUCCUAAAACAGUCUUUCCCGAUUACUUGGAGGGUACUUAAGAUAUUUGGUCAUACUUAAAAAAUAUGGCAAAUAUUCUUAAUAAAAAAAAUAAUUACUUGAUCAUUUAGUUUUGAAGAAUUGUAUAUCUGCGGGUGCUCUUAUAUUUACAUUGAUUUACUGAAGUGAGAGAUAUAUACGUGGUAUGUGUGUGUAUUUUAAUAUAUAUAUAAUGAUUAUUUAUAUUCUAUAGAUAUAUACAAUUGAGUUGAUAAUUUAGAAAAUACUGCACGCGUAAUGAGGAUAAGCGAUUAAUUUUGUAAAUAUGAUUGCAGUUGAAGAAAGUUCCUGCAAAAAAAUCGUGUAAUACUGUAUUUAUUAUUAUGUUCACUUAGAUAGAUUCAUCACACUGGAGGCAUAACGAGUGUUUGGUUGAAUUUCGACUGCGCUACGCGAACAUUUGACGGUAGAGAAAUAAAUAGACGAAUAGAUACAUAUGUGACAUUCCCUCAAAAAAGUGAAAUACUUAUGCGUGGAUUAUAUAAGGAAAUGAAACAAAUCGAUUCGAAAGGCAAAGUUGUGAUACAAGCAAGCAAUCAAAUAUUUCCUCUUUGUAAUUGUGUUAUAUAAAAUUAUAAAGUGUUACAAAAAAUUACAGAUUCAACAUGUUGCAAUUUAUAAGUAGUUAGAUAAAAAUACGAGUAUACUGGUUAAAAAUUACAGUCAGUUCAGUGCAGUUGGGUGGUCAAUAUCGAAUAUAUUCACGUCAGUAACGAAUAUAUUCACGACAAUAUCGAAUAUAUUCAAGUCAAUAUCGAAUAUAUUUCAACUAAUAACGGCACGCCAGUCAGUUUUCUAUUUAUAUCUCUGUCUACACAAACAUUCGAUAUGUGUCCAGUGAAUUUUUUUAUAAAAAAAAUCAAAAAAGUUAAAAAAGAUCAUCAUCAUUAGUCAUUAUUAGAAAAUUGGCUAGUUCACUCACUUACAUUCUUAGUUAAUACAGAGUAGAUCGGGCCUCAGAUUAAAAACAAAAACGUGAAGCGAAAUUAGAAACAAUAAAAUAUUAAUUUCAAUUUCAAUAAUAAAUAAUAGACAUAACUACAUACAGUACUUACUACGAAAUUAUGUCUUUGGCAAUAUAAAGCUCUAAGCCCAUGGUUGCCAGAGCAUUAUCAUUCUAUAAAAAUGCUAAAAGUUUGCCAGCUAAAUUUACUUACAUAAGUAACUAAGUACAGGGAUAUCCAAUCUGCUCUUGAUGAUAUCUAUAAUAAAGCUGUUUCAAUAUAAUAUACAUAUUUUAUAAUAGUUUGGUAAACUAAAACCACUUUAGGGAUUAAAAGCCACCAAGACAAAGACAUGUAGUCUUCCAAAAUGGGAUUAUAUAAAUCGUACAGUAAAAAUACUUGGAGUCAAAAUAAAGCCUACUUUUCGAAGUCUCCCAAAAAAAAUAUUUCAUACUUUGGCCCGAAGAUUGAGAGUUAAGCAUCACCUUAGAUUUAAACAAUAAAGUUAGUCUAGUAGAGAACUGUGAAACCUGUGAUUAAUUAUUGGAUUGGAUUUGGAUUGGAAAACUAAGGCCCAUUUUCAUUCAACGAGCAGCAAAGUCUACAAAUUCUGAGAAAGAAGUAUAUUUUUCUGCAAGUAAAAUUUCCAGUUAUUAUAAUCAAAAAAUUAAACCGAAAAUAGAGCUUCAGCUCUUAUUCUAACUUAGAGACUAUAAGCAAGCAUGAAAUAAAAAUCCUUAACAAUGAGAAAAUUUCCUAAAAUAAAUCAUAACUUUUGUAUGUACGGGCGAUGCAUCAGCGGGCGAUGAAGUGUGCUAUGCUUGGAGUUUCUAUGCGUGAUCGAAUCAGAAAUGAGGAGAUCCGCAGAUGAACCAAAGUCACUGACGUAGUUUAGCUAGUCGCGAAGCGAAGUGGCAAUGGGCAGGCCACAUGGUUCGAAGAGCCGCUGGACGUUGGGGUCCCAAGGUGCUGGAAUGGUGACCCUGCACCGGAAAGCGCAGUGUUGGUCGACCUCCCACUAGGUGGACCGAGGAUAUCAAGCGGAUUGCAAGAAACCGCUGGAUAGUGGUGGCUCGAGCCCGUUCGUUAUGCUUGGAGGUCUAUGCAAGAGGCUUAUGUCCAGCAGUGGAAGUCCAUCGGCUGAUAAUGACGAUGAUGAUGAAGUUGUAGUUAUAUAUAUUGAAGUAUCUGUCUGACUCAGCAAUUUUCAAUGUAAAUUUUGUUCUGAAAUUCGGAAAUUCCACAAUACACGGGCUACGAAAGCUACGACUCACAUGUUACUAUUUUUCGCCGUUCAAUGAAUUCACAGUUCGCUACUAGACUAAUUAUAGAAAAAUAUUGUCUCAAUCAUCAAUAAUCAUAGUUAGGACAACGAGAUUGUUUUUGAUUCAGACAAAUAGUGUAGAUUUCCAUAUUGAUUGGGAGCAAUAUCGUAGCGUGUAGUCAAAAGAAGCUAUGCUGAAAAAGUUAACCGUGCCUGCAUAAAUCUAAAGAUUCCGGAGCAGCAGAUUUAUGUAGCAAUUGGCUAUAUUUUCUUCUGCUUAUAUAGAUUUCAAUGUUAUAUAGAGUUCAAUGUUGGUUCUACUUUCUUAUGCUUAUAAAUAGAAUAAUGUAAGCGAUUGCAUCUUCUUCUUCUCCUUACAUUCAUGUGAUAGCCAGUUUCUUUUGAUAAAGUGUAAAUACCAAAAUUUGGAUAUAUAUUUUUUUAUAUAGCAACACUAGACAGACCAAGCUGAUAGCCCACCUGAUGGAAAAACCACAAGGCAAGGAACACAUCCUGCAAAGUGCCAUUCUGUAUCCAUCAACUUUAGGCCUAGGUAUUAAGCCUCGUGUGCCUGUAAUUGCACUAGCAACCAUACCCUGUUAGACCGGAACACGGUAAUAGUGUUUGAAGGUAAUAUUUCCCUGGACAAGCUCACAAAAAUCUACUACCAGUAGUAUACUAACAUAACUUUGUCAGAACACAUAGUCACACACAAGAGUUUGUGAGUGAUUGUAAGAACAAUGAUGAUUCUGACAAUAUUUGAUUUUUAUGUCUAUGACGUCACGCUACGAAAUUGAAAUGAUCCUAAUCAAUUAUAAUUAUAUUUAAGGAGUCAAUAAUAGUAACGCUCUACGGUUACGGCGACGGACUCAGUGUCAAGUGGUGGGUCAAAGGGUGUAGUUAGACCUGAGUUAGAUUAACGACGCAUACACUCUUAUACGAGCUAUUUGCACGUUGGAGUGGAAAAGGGAAUGGAUAUGGAUAGUCACGUUUAAGAGACGUGGCUGUUCUUCUAUACUAGAUAAAAUAAUAAUAAAAAAGAGGAAUAUAUUUUUUUAAAAAAAUAAAUUUAAUCCAAAAAAAAUGGCCAGAUGUCUCAAAUGGUAUCGUGUAAGAAUUUACUGAUUAGUAUGUCUUACAUUACCUUUGAAUAUUAGGACAUUUCAUCAUGAAAACUGCCGUAAAAAUGUCCAUUAUGGGCCAUUAUGGUUCUUUGAUUAUUGUUCUUACGGUAGUUGAAUAGUUGAAAUUAAAAUCAAAUGAUAGUUUAAGUCAGCGAAUAAAUUAACUAUUCAACUAUAGCAGUAUAUAAUAUACUCUGUUUUCGUUGAAUAUCACGAGCGUCGUCAAAUACGUUUUGAAGCAUAAUGAAAGGUAUUUAAAUAUUAGUAUUUAAGAUAAAAGAUAAAUUAAUAGGAUAUAAUUUAAUGUAGGUAUACGAUAAAUAUUAUUAUACAGAGUGUAUAAUAAUAUUUAUCGGAUAUUAAAUAUGAAAAAGUAAUGAAAUAAUAAUUAUUAAUUAUGAUUGUGAGAAUUUUUUGGUGAAAUGAAUGGUGCGUUAUUUUGCUGCGCAACACAUUGCGAUAUUCAUUUCCUAGUAGACUAGUAAAAUGUUUAGCUAUAUCACUACUGUAAUAUAGCUAAACAUUGUAAUGAUUACGUUAUUAAUCACGUAAUCACAUAUAUAUUAUUAAAUAAGUUUAAUUGAAAUUAUUAUUAAUGCAUGCUAUUAUUAUUAUUGUAUAACUAGAAAUUUAUAUGACAAUUUACUGAUUAGUAUGUCUUACAUUACCUUUGAAUAUUAGGACAUUUCAUUAUGAAAACUACCGUAAAAAUGUCCAUUAUGGGCCAUUAUGGUUCUUUGAUUAUUGUUCUUACGGUAGUUGAAUAGUUGAAAUUAAAAUCAAAUGAUAGUUUAAGUCAGCGAAUAAAUUAACUAUUCAACUAUAGCAGUAUAUAAUAUACUCUGUUUUCGUUGAAUAUCACGAGCGUCGUCAAAUACGUUUUGAAGCAUAAUGAAAGGUAUUUAAAUAUUAGUAUUUAAGAUAAAAGACAAAUUAAUAGGAUAUAAUUUAAUGUAGGUAUACGAUAAAUAUUAUUAUACAGAGUGUAUAAUAAUAUUUAUCGUAUAUUAAAUAUGAAAAAGUAAUGAAAUAAUAAUUAUUAAUUAUGAUUGUGAGAAUUUUUUGGUGAAAUGAAUGGUGCGUUAUUUUGCUGCGCAACACAUUGCGAUAUUCAUUUCCUAGUAGACUAGUAAAAUGUUUAGCUAUAUCACUACUGUAAUAUAGCUAAACAUUGUAAUGAUUACGUUAUUAAUCACGUAAUCACAUAUAUAUUAUUAAGUAAGUUUUAUUGAAAUUAUUAUUAAUGCAUGCUAUUAUUAUUAUUGUAUAACUAGAAAUUUAUAUGACAAUUUAUUUCUAUUGCUCCGGGUGCUGAUUCUAUGACAUGUGUGUUGCGUGCUAAAUGCAUUUCUUUGAAGUCAAAAACAGAUUUUGAUAUGAAUAUACGAAACGAUUUGAAUAUAGGCAAAAAUACACUCGUACUACUAGGCGCUAUCACGUAGUAUUGCAUACUUCGCGGAGCUGCUUUUUGAUGAAUGAAUGUAUGAAAGAAGGAAUGAAUGAAUGCGACCAUAUCGCAUGACUGUUGCUUAAAACGUUUGCUAUACGCUUGUAGUAUGCUACAAUGUCGGGCAAUAGACCGACUUGGCUUACCGUCAAAACUGGCGGCAUGUUAUGAGUAGAUAGUUACGAGUGUAUUAGUGGGAUGUCAUAGAGAAUCAGUAAGUAAUCCCGGUUUCGUGCUGUAGUAGUAGAUAGUAGAGCGUAAUCACUGCAUUGUAUAUCCUGUUAGGUCUAAUGUACACACCGUCACGUUUGCCGCAGCUCACUCCAAUUUUCACGUACCCUUAAUCCGUUUAACUUAAAAGAAAACAGGUAAGCUAAGGAUAUUUAGACUAAGUAUGUCCUGCAAAAAUGUAUUUCAUUUCAUAGAGUUAUAAUUAAUUAAUCAAAUAAUUAAAUAACAAUUAAUAUUAUUGUAUUUUAACGUACCGAUAUACCAGUUACGUGGGUUGUAUACAACGAAUGUUAAUGUCAUGUAACCAUAAUCAUUCAUUCAGCAAUCGCUUGCGAUCUGCGGGGUUUGACGGGAAAAUAUAUCCUGCCACGUAGACAUAUUCUGCCGUAUUCUGCCAUCUCAUAUACAGUAGACAUCUGUCAUGACCCAUCUCUAUGUAUAGCCGUUAAAAUAUACUAUGCUACUAAGUGAGCGUUGAACGAACGAACCACUCGUUGUUACAGAUUUUGCUACUCAGUGUGAAAUGCUCGCUAAAGAAUGUUACAUUACGACCUGUGACGCUACCUUAAAAUGUGUGUACAUAUUGAUAUUUAUUGUUACAAACAACUGAAAUGUAACACUCUGCAAACCAGUCGUGCCCCGCAGGAUUUGAAUGUCGUGUUCAAUGCUCACAACUCUUCGUUGUUCUCAAAUUUCAAAAUGUGUAUAAAAUAUAGCUGAUCCUCCAUCUAAAGCUCAAAUCUCUAAUUUCAAUUUAUAUUGUUAAAACAUAUUGUGUAUCUUGCGUAUACAUGUUCUAAAAUUAGUUUUAAUCUUAUUGGCUGUAACCGUAUAUUGUAUUUAAUUUUGGUAAUAAAGAUAUUAAUGUGAGUGUUAGAAAAGUGAGUAUUUUCUGUAUACCUUCCUAUUCUACAAGCGAAGGUGUUGAAUAAUCGAUGCCGAUGCAUUGCCAAUUUUCUAUUUUAUCAUUAAAUUAUAAAUAAAAGUCAUUACAUAUUUAAAACUAAACAAAUAUUAUCACCCUAUUAUAUAUAUAUAGUAUUUUUUUAAAUACCACUUUACUAUUGUCAUGACAUUGUAAUUAUUUAUAACACCUACAUAAUGUUAUAUCUACAAUUAUUUACCUACAAAUAAAGGCGUGUAGAUGUGGAGGAGUCCUUUGUAGGAGAACUGGUUCGUAAUGGAUAAUGCUACAAUUAUUACAACAUUAAUCAUUUAGUAUGCAGAGCUGAUGCAAUGACUCCUUUGCAGUGUUGGGACCAAUUCGCACACACUGGCAAUUUCUAUGACACUUAAUCCAGCAUACAUUUACUGCUUCACGUAAAAAAUACAAGUUCGGUACCUAAUACUAAUACAGAUCCUGUUGAGAAUAAACAAACGUAUGAUUAAUACACUAGAAAAAUUUUACGCAAUGAAAUUCUUCAUUUGGGUUUGUGGAGCUGAUUGCUUUGUUAAAUACUAAAAAUAAUAAGAUGAUUCCGCCCACUUAAUACUCGUAAGUUUGUAUCAUCAACUUAUAUGUUAAGUGGAGGUAAACUAGCACGCUAUAUUAUACAUAUUUAUAUUUAGGCAUCUGACGUUAGAGCUAUGGAUAACGACAAUAUCUGCAAAAGCAAAACUCUUUAUUUCACUGGUACGCUGAAGUACACGAAAAUAUUUCAACAAGAGGAAUAAUUAAAAUAUUAGAAAGGAAAAAUUAAAAAAAAACUAAGUGUUACCAAUAUUAGUAACUAAUAUUGUAUGCUCGGGUUGUGUUAAAGAUAAUAAUAUUCACUUUAACAAUAGUCAAAAAAUAGGCGUGAAGUGUGCGCAGUGUCGAAGGAUAUUGUAGGUAUUUUUACAAACCUUCAUGUCUUGAAAUACAAGUAUCUACAUUAGAAAUUAUUUUUCUAUUACUUAAUGCGUAUUCGAUAGUUUAAGACAUCUGGUUUCGACAGGAAUUGACUCUACCCCAUCUCUGGCUAUCUCGUAAUAUAUUUUAUUAUAAUAAUCUCACUAAUAUAUUUAUCAUAUGUAAAUACAAUUAUAGGGAGGCAUUAAUUUUUUAAUGUUAACAUUUAUUUUCGCUUUCAUUAUUUAGUAUCAUAUAAAUAAGAUCAUUUAAUUAGAAUCAAGUAAAUUCAAAUAAAAAAACCUGCUGAACGAGAGAUCGUUCCAAGAUGAUUAAUAAUGUUUGUGAAAUUAAAAUGUAGGCAUUACAAUUUCAACACAUUCCUAAUACAUAUCGACAUAAUGUGAAUAUAUUUUACUGUCCAACAAAUAUGUAAAAAAGUUUUAUUAAAUUUGCCCUAGUAUAAUUUAUUUACGAGUAUAACGCGUAAGUACGUAUUAUUUAUUGUCUAAAAUUUUAAUAAAAAUUUACUUCAUCGAUUAAAAUCACUUAAUAUAUAUUAUAAUCACAAAUUGCAAGAGGUGCAUAUUUUUUUCAAUGCUGCAUCAAAAAGAUGACGUCCGUAGGCUAUGUUACGUAAAAAAUAUAAGUUACAAUGGGAAUGCGAAUGACAGUUUCUUUCUGAGCAGCAAUUUAUGUCACCAUUGCAAUAAACAGAAAUGUAUUUUUAUGUAACACUAGCGGACCCGGUCAAGCUUCGUUUUGACAUAAGUGCACUUAUUCUCUAUCCCUACUCUACCCGUCUAUACCUCUACCCCUACACUACCCUACCCUACCCCUAUCCUACCCCUACCCUACCCUACCCUACCCUACCCUACCCCUAUCCUACCCCUACCCUACCCUACCCUACCCUACUCUACCCUACCCUAUGGGAAAUAGAAAAGGGCAGUUUUUAGGGUUUUCCCGGAAAUUAUUUGAUUUCUUCUCACCUUUUAAACCUUCCCUAUACCUCCACGAACAUUUCAAGACCAAGAUAAGAUAAAUCCGUUAAGCCGUUCUCGAGUUUAAGCGAGACUAACGAACAACAAUUCAUUUUUAUAUGUAUAUAUAUAUAUAUAUAUAUAUAUAUAUAUAUAUAUAUAGAUAACCUUGAGAAACAUUAUCAGACAGUGCCAGACUUCUCUCCGUAAAGAGAACGGAGAUAUGGAGUUUAGACCCACCACGAUGUCAUAAUGCGGGUUAAAUAACAUAUGUUAAUUAUAAUUACUUGGAUUGACGGCAUAAUGUACCCUCAAAAAUCAAAAUUAAAUUAUUACAAUUGGGCGUAUAUUUACGAGCACUUUCGAAAAAUCAGGUAUUAAUAUUAUUAGAUAAUGGUAAUAAUAAUUGGUGGAAAACUUAAAAUUCAGUUUGGAAAGAAAGGAAUACUCAGUAUCUCAUAUAGCCCGACCCAGGAUUCGGACCCAGGAGCUCAUGAUCCGAAAACACAUAGGCUAAUCAUAAGACAGUUUUUGCAGAAGUAACCUAUUAUUAACAAAUAACAAUUAAAACCGGCCAAGUGGAAAUUCAACUCACGCUCGUAAGGUUUACUCGUAAAACUAUAGUGCACUGUUAAACGACAUAAAAUCACGUUUGUCUCUGUCGGAUCUCUAAAAAAGAACGUUACUGUACAUGCAAAAUGUUCAUCAAAUCUAAACGUAUUGCAUCUACAAAUCCAUAAGCCACGCUAAGCUACGAUGCAACGAAAUAAAUGAAGUGAAGGAAAUAUAGGGGUUUCCAUAACUAAAAGCCUACGGACCACAUCUUAAUGUAUGACAUAAGACUAAGUUACAUAAGAAGAAUGCAAAUGCAAACCUUUUCUUUCUGCGCAACUAUUGCGAUAAACAGAUAGACUAUGCUUGUGUAGCAUUACCUUGGGAAUAAUAUUUAUAAAUAAUAACAAAACAGAACGUUUUUUAUGCAUGCAAAAUGUCUAUCAAAUGUAAACGUUUUGCAUCUAAGAAUAUACGCUACGCUAAGCUACGGAUUGUAGCUGAAUGCUACGAAAUAAAAAUACAUGUGCGAUCAGUUUUUUGGUUAUAUUCUAUUCUUGCGAUGACUUGCCGAAAGUCUCUGUUUUUUGGAAGAUAUUAUAUAAUCAUUAAUAUUAAUAUGAUAAAAUAUGUAAAAAUAUCAUGGAAUGCCAUGAUGUUUAUUUAUUUACCAAUUUAUUGUAAGUCUAAUAAUAAUUUAUUUAUAUGAUGUAAUGAUUAACUAGAGUAAAAUAUAAUUUUACUCUAGUUAAUCAUUUACUCUAUAUUUAUAACGGUUUAUAAUACUCUAGUUUAGUUUUAAAUAAUUUAUGAUUAAGUAUCUACCUAAAUAACCCCUCACAUUAAUAUGUAUUCAAAAAUUUAAACAAAAUAAUAAUGAUCGCAUAUUGUGUCUAUGAUGAAAAACGUUUAUUAUUAUUUGGUUUUAAUCUAAAAAUAUUUGCAUAAAUGUCUCGCUCUAUAAAUGAAAUCAAUUCUGUAGGUACCUACGUAAUAAAUAAUCAAAGACUUUUAGGCAGAAAGCCUCCUUUUUAUGUAAUUUUAAAUGUUAAAAUAAAUGUUGAUUAACAUA